UCACCUCGGGGUUUUUCCCCUCUCCCCCCUCUGCGCGCUCUGGCUGUUCGGUGCCUCUUGGACUAUCUCGAUUAUUCUUAGUGAUGUGUAAACUACAGAAUGCCCAGCAGCACUGGAAAGAGAUUUAAGCCUACGAAAUACAUCCCCGUCUCCACAGCAGCCGCGUUACUAGUGGGAUCCACCACUUUGUUCUUCGUUUUCACGUGCCCCUGGCUGACAAGAGCUGUCUCCCCAGCGAUCCCGCUGUACAAUGGACUCGUGUUCCUGUUUGUCGUCGCAAACUUCAGCAUGGCGACUUUCAUGGACCCCGGUGUUUUUCCAAGAGCAGACGAAGACGAGGAUAAAGACGACGAUUUCCGAGCUCCGCUUUACAAGAACGUGGAGAUCAAAGGCAUCCAAGUACGGAUGAAAUGGUGCGCCACCUGCCAUUUCUAUCGCCCCCCACGCUGCUCCCACUGCAGCGUGUGUGACAACUGUGUCGAGGAUUUUGACCAUCACUGCCCUUGGGUUAAUAACUGCAUAGGUCGGAGGAACUACAGAUACUUUUUCCUCUUCCUGCUCUCCUUAAGUGCCCACAUGGUCGGAGUGUUCACCUUUGGGCUUAUCUUUGUCUUAAACCAUGCAGAAAAACUGGGGGCCGCGCACACAGCCAUCACCAUGGCUGUGAUGUGUGUGGCUGGGUUGUUCUUCAUCCCAGUUAUUGGACUUACAGGUUUCCAUAUUGUUUUAGUGGCCCGAGGACGCACAACGAAUGAGCAGGUGACGGGUAAGUUCCGUGGGGGAGUAAACCCUUUCACUCGAGGAUGUUGCAACAAUGUGGAACAUGUCCUCUGCAGCCCCCUGGCGCCCAGGUACGUUAUCGAGCCAAAGAAGCAGCAGCCGAUCAGCGUGAAGCCGCCAUUCCUACGGCCGGAUUUAAGCGAGCGGCAGAUCACGGUGAAGAUAAGCGACAACGGAAUCCAAGCGAAUUUCAGUCGGAGCAAGUCUAAAGUUAGCCUGGAAGGGCUUGAAGAGAAAAGCAUGGAUACCCAACCAACGCUACCCCAAAAGGGAGAUUCCAGCAAAUACAGUGAGCUGGGGAGCAGUGAAGAGAGCAGCCUUUCGCCCAAACUGAUCAGCCCUCCCACACCUGCGAUGUACAAGUAUCGUCCGGCGUUCAGCAACAAUCCCAAAGUGCACUACCAUGCAGCACCUGAACAGAUCUCCAUGCAGGAAGGACACAAGCAAGGGUCUGUGAUGGAGGAGAACGACAGCAGCCUCGAUUACCAGUCAGAACCCAGCAUGGAUAUCCCCAGCUACCGGAAGAGUUCCCUUCACAAGACGUACCAGUCCUCUCCAGUACAAAUGGACUCCUUGGCCAUCAACUCGAGGUCUCUGAGCCUGAAGUCCGCCAGCAGGAGAGGAAUAGACAAAAUGCCCCUCCACCCCAUGAAGUCCGAAGGGGCUGCCUCCACGCCGUACAAAAGCAUCUUCUCGCCCAACUCUCUGUCAAACAGGAAUGGGAGCUUGUCCUACGACAGCCUGCUCAACCCCAUGUCCCCCUCGGGGAGGAGGUGCAUAGCGCAUGCCGCGGUGGGCUCCGUUGGGUACCACUCGCCCUAUUUGUCCGCCAAAAUGUGCCACCUGCGGGGCAGGGAGCUCCAGCGGGCCCCCCCACAGAGCUUCAGCCCUGUGAUGGGCAGCCCGGCCCCACAUCCGCGCGACCCCUCACCGGUCCGCUAUGACAACCUCUCGAAGACGAUCAUGGCGUCCAUUCAGGAGAGGAAAGAGAUGGAGGAGCGGGAGAAGCUCCUUCACUCUCACCCAGACUCGGUGUUCGCAGACUCGGGUGUCUAUGAUACGCCCAGUUCUUAUAGCCUUCAGCAGGUCAGCAUGCUGUCGGAAGACCCCCGGAGCCUGGCCAUGAGAUACGGCUCGAGGGACAACCUGAUGAGCAGCGCUGGGUUCAGCGCGAGGAACCCGGUCCUCCAGGCCUCCGUUUCUUCACUCUCGAGUGGCAUGACCAGAACGUCAAGGACUUCCACGCCUUCCCUCCAGGCCGACCUAGCCAAUAACAAUGUCCAGGCAAUGCAGGGCAGGAUGAGCAAUGGCUCCUACAAAUCUCCCAGCCACCAAGUCCCAUCAUCCCCAAGUGGGAUGCCCAGGUCACCCUCGUAUGGAGGUCCCAAAGCUGUUACGUUUGUUAACACCAUGGAGAUAACUGAGGCACAGCCUAUGGGGACUCCAAGGGAGGAAAUCCAGCUGAAGACACCUCACAGCAAGGUUAAUGGACAGCCCAAAGGGAUUUCUCGCGUGGAGUGUCGGCUAGGGCCCACCUCUAGCUCCCAAGGUCCCCCAGUCAGUCCCGCUAGACACUCAAACGUUAAGAAGGUAUCUGGCGUGGGUGGAACAACCUAUGAAAUUUCAGUAUAAAACAGAAAUUCAUGAAAUAAAGAGCCAUCCUCAAACCC